AGUGCAAAUGGGCGUUCCUUCUCCAAGAGAGGGAGAGAGAGCGAGGCUGUUUACGAAGAAAACAGAUCUUGCUUCUACAAAAACAAGGGCUGGUCUGCAGAGAGGAGAGCAGUUUGACUGAAUUAUUCAGCAUAGGCUCUUCCACACAAAAGCAGAUAGGCUAUUUAAAUAGCCUAUCUAUUUCCUUUUGUACACUGAUUAUUUGUCGUUUUUAUUCAUCCUGUCAGCUCUACAGAAUGUUUUUCUCGCUGCACUUUGUUUUGCUAAGCAUGGCUUUAGCGGACAGCACACCCAAUGCUGAAGACUGCAUCAAAUCCAAUGGUGUGGAGUACAGAGGGGAAAAACAGAGCUCCUCCACAGGACUAACCUGUCUAAACUGGACUAACACAACCCGGGACUAUGAUGUUAUGGCAUAUACAGAUUCACAAAUGGGUGUUGGGGAACAUAACUACUGCCGUAACCCAGACUCCUCUGAGAAGCCUUGGUGCUACGUGACUGGCCCAGAUGCUGAGACACAGAGACAAUCAUGUGCCAUUGACACCUGCAAAGACGAAGCCCCUACAGAGGCAGAAGCAUCAGAGGCAGGCCCCCUCACCACAGCACAGACUGAGAUCUUUGAGCCGGCCAAGUCUGGGCUUGCCCAGGGAGGGGGUAAUGCAGUCCAGCCAGUCAUGGGCAUCAGCCAGCGGGUACGCACAGGACCCAAGAAGAAGAAGGACCUGGGCACUCUCGGCUAUGUGGUUGGUAUCCUCAUGAUGGCCAUUAUCAUCCUCCUCGGGGUGGGCAUCACCUUCGGAUACUUCUACAAGAGGGGUCGGGACCUGAAGAAGCAGCAUGAGCAGCGUGUGUAUGCGCGGGAGAUGCAGAGGAUCACCCUGCCCCUGUCGGCCUUCUCCAACCCAACCUGUGAGCUGCUGGAUGAAAACACCAUCGUCAUCACGUCCGAGAAGCAGACCCCCACCCAGGAUGGCAUGGUAGGGGAGGGGGGAGACCCCCUGAUUGACCAGCAGGCUGGUACACCAGGAGCCUGAGCACUGACCACCCCACUGGACUGGGAAUGGACCAUGAUAUUCGAACCUCAGAGGACCAAAACACUCCCCUACCCUGACCUCCCUCUGUCCCCAAAUCACCCCCCUUUUAAAGGUCUACGAGGAGAAGGGAAAAAAUACGAGGAGGACUAAUUUCACUCCACGUGGAGACCAUCAGGUGAAUCUGGUGAUGGUUGUGUACAAAAGUGCAUAUCAGGGAUGCUCAUUGAGAAAUAGUGCAUUUGAUAUCCAAGAAAACAUGAUCAUGGGCUGACUCUGAGUCAGAGUUACUGCUUGGAAAGGGGGACUUCAUAGCCUUUUAUUUUCUGCUUUCUUUUUCAUAUUGAGGUGUGGCAGAGUGGUGUUAUGGGCUUACCGGAGAAAACAAUGCUACUCACGUCCCCUGACCCUUUGGCUGUGCUAGGUCAGUUAUGGGAGGGCAUCUAGUAUACAGUAGACGUAUAGGAUAGCCCUGUUAGACAUCUGUUUUUCUAUCUGAAAGACAGUGUUGGGACAGAUGUGUGGAGUAAUGAAUUAGCUUCAGAGAAAAUUAAUAUUAGGUCUAAAUCAGAUCUGCAAAAGAAAAGGCAACAUCUCCCGCUCUCUGAAGCUGUGACGUUGCCUUAGCAUGAUGCAUCUGAAUGUAUUACAUUGUUUCACUGGUGACCUUUCUGUUUAACUAAUCUUAAGGCUAGGUGACAGAAGCCAAUGUGUAGUAACUGCAAACAUCAGACAUUUGUUGGCUAUACAUGCGACAGACUGUAUCUCAGGUUAAGGAGUGACAGGAAAAGGGAAACCUCUUGAAAUCGAAGAGACCGUUUGUUCUCAGGACAAAAAUGCAGCAGAACUGCUGUGAAACAGAAUACCGCUCAGUCUGUUGUCUGGCUAGAACCGGACAGAGCCUGUCUGAAUGACGCCUGGGCAGAAAAUAACAGUCUCGUUAAGGGUUGACUCCUGUGGCAUUAGAUUGAAUUUAGACCAUUGAAUUACGUGUCCCAAACGUUAGGGCAAGCAGUGGAGCAAAGUAAAAGAGUGUAAUGAGGACAUAAGUCCAAACCUUUUGAGGUAACCUAGUUUAUUAGAUGUACAGGAUGGUUUAACUGCUUAAUAAGCAGUCUGUUACAUUUUGAAAUGGGAUGCUGAAAGUAAUGCCACAGAGUUGGUUAGAAAAUGUAACAUAUCAUCUGAUUGAUUGACUUCAGCACAAUCUCUUUUGUUGGGAUGAAAUGUAAUAUCUUUCUGCUUUACAUGGUUGCUCGAUUGUUCUGCUAAUGCAACCUUGCAUCAUUCCAAAUUGUAUUUUGUGAUGAGACUAUUCAUCUUUCAAAUGGUUGAAAAUCAUUGGUUACUUCUCAAUCAUUGUGGUUCCUUAAAUUUUGGUGCACUGUUGUUUUGUAAAUAUAGUUUUUCUUCAUUUUUGCAAUGCAUCAAAUACUGUUGCUCCUCAAUGGAGAUUAGUACUUGUAUUUGAAUGUUUGGCAGAUUUUUACUGCUGCGACUGAAAUAAAACGGAUUUUGAAAAAGA